UAAAAGGAAGAAGAAGAGAUAUAGGUUCUUUAUUUCCUUAUUCUGUAGGUCAUCUCUUUCUGGGAAUCGAAAUUGAAAUUUAUUUAGAUUUCUAUUAAAUUUUGUCGUUAAAUUUAUAAAGCAAAACUUACAUUCUACAUAGGAUACGUCCAAAGAAACAAUGGCCACUCUGAGAUCAGUUUCGCGUCUUCUAAGCAAUAAAGCCAUUACUAAUACUCUCAAGAGAGGAUAUGCAGAGGAAAUGAGCUUCACUUUUGCUGCAGGUAACCAGGUGUAUUAUGAUUCUCAAAGCAUUAAACAAGUGGACGUGCCCUCUUUUUCUGGAAGUUUCGGUAUCCUCCCACAACAUGUUCCCACAUUAGCCGUUCUGAAACCCGGAGUUGUAUCUGUAUAUGAAGAUGGGGGUAAUGUUAAGAAAAUUUUUGUAUCUAGUGGUACUGUCACCAUAAACGAUGAUUCGUCAGUACAGAUAUUGGCUGAAGAAGCUCAUCCAGUGGAAAAUAUUGAUCUUUCAGCAGCGAGGGAUAUUCUUAGUAAAGCACAGAGUCAAUUGUCAUCUGCUGCAAAUGAUCAGGCUCGAGCUGAAGCUGAAAUUGCAAUAGAAGUUGGGGAAGCAUUAGUUAAGGCCGCUGAAUAAAUUUAGAUAAAAUUCAAUUCAACAUUAUUGUCAUAGCAUACAAUACAAAAAAUACUGUCUAUAUAUUAUUGAAAUAGAAAACUAAUAACAUU